CUUGGAUUUAAUAAGAACCUCUAGGAUAGGAACUAACUUAUUUCACAACAGAAAAAGCCAAAUAAAUUUGUAUGUUACAUAUUAAAAGCUUGUUUCAACAAAAUAAACUCAGCAAACCUGGGAAAUCUUCAGUCAUCGCAAGACAGUACAAUGCAGCGCAUUAUUUCGACCGAGUACGUAAAAAGUAUCCUAGAAUCGAUAAGUAUUUUAUAGAGGUGUUAGCCAGCCAUAGAACACCCCAAGAGGCGCUUAGUUUGAGCACGCUUAAAGAUGCCUACCGGGUCCAUGCAGAUAUCAAAUUUCCACCGAGUAUGUGCGACUUACGAGCAAGACAGUUCCUUUUGACUAUACCUUACAUUGUAUCAUUUAGUGAUGAAGAUGGCGUUGCUUAUUUUUAUAGCUUGCGCUAGGCAAUUUAAUGACCAAAAUAUAUUUAUUUCUUUAAUAAUAUAGUAUA